UUACCAAGCCGCAUGAUAUACAGCAAUACUAAUCUAUACAGGCAAUCUAUACUACUAUACUAACAUACAGGUUUGUCAAACAAUUAUUUUAAUAACUUUUCGGUCUUACUUAGAUUUUGACUGAUUUAUUAAAAAUAUAGAAUCGAAGGAAAUCCAAAUUGUGUCCUUUUAGUUGUCAGUGCCAGGUGUGGUAAAAGAGGAACUCGUGAAACAGGUACGAUUGUUAUACUGACUGUGCUCUUCUCAUGUAGAUCUAGCUUCACCUGGGGGGUGUCUGGGACCCCAAAAUUAGGACUCCUCAAGAAGAAAGGCAUGUAUGUAUAGUCGUUUUGUAUCUGCAGUUACUGUACGUACAUACAAUAUAAGAAAGUGCUUCUGCGCCUGUGCAAAGGGGCAGCCAAAUCUGUGGAACAGCAUAAAAGAAAAAGUUUUGACCAUUUCCAAGAAGUAACGAAAAUACUUCCAGGAAUUAAUGGUCAUCUCUUUCCCUCUCCUCUUACGCUCAUCCGGGGAGAAUCGAAAGGAUAGAUUUCUUGGAAAUGUUUUCACAUUAUACAAUAUUGUUGUGUAUAGUAUACAUAAAUGUAACAUUUUACAUAUUUGGCCUAAAAAUAGUAUUAUUUAACUUACUCUCUGAAACAAUACAAACAAAUAUGUGUCUUUUUUAAUUUUUAAACGUAAUGUUCUGUUGUAGAUACAUAAGGUUUCCAACAUAGAUGCAUUUUCCAAAUCGUUUUCUAACAUCGGUCAAGCGUUACAGGUACAUACAUCUACGAUUGUUAGGAACUCGUUUGCUGUCCCUUUUUCGCCCCCACUGUAUAUCCUGACUAUUGAGUACCUUUAAGUAUGCCCCACUCUUCGAAAUCUUACAAUAGUGUGUGUAGCUAAUAAAAAGAAUAGAAGAAUUGUCCGUAUAUUAUUCAAUGAUACCUUCCAAAAUAUAUGAAGCAGUUCUAGAAUUGAUAAAAUCUAUUUUCUUCCUACACAGAAAUGAGAAUAUAAUAUUUCAGAGCUUUGAAUUAGCGAUUUUUCGUAUUACGGGGUUGAAGCAGUGGCGCCAUCUAAUGUGUACAGGGACGAACCUAUUAUUUUUUUAAACGGUAUUAAUUGUCACUAGAUUAUUAUUAAAUAUUAUAAUAAUACCUGUGUUACUGUUUGUAACUCCGAUCUAAUAAUAUUCGAUGAAUUAAUCGAACUUUUAUAAAAGGAAUAUGUAAAAUUGAAGAUGCACAGAUUUCGUAGAUAUUCCAAAAAAUAUAUGUUCGUCCCUGCAAACCUGCGCCCCGCUCACACAUGCAACACAAUACGCAGUUCGUAUGCGUAUGCGACUCGAAUACCAAGAGGCGUAGUUUGAAUAGACGAACCUGUUCGGUACUUUGUUCCCUCUGUCAGGAGAGAACAAUAUCCUUACACUCACACAGAAAGCAGGCGCACUCUGGUGUCGAAGCUGUAGACAAAAUGGUACGCGCCAUUUUGUUUAGUGUUCGCUGGACGCGUCGUGCGUCGGGGUGGUGUAGGGUUGUUUUCGUGACAGUCAACAAGAAUAUAUUCGCGAUUAUUUGAGCUUACUUGCAACUAAACGUGUACAAUAGUGUUUCAAUUAAAUCAGUGCAAUAUAUGUAUAUUUUUCUGCAUGAUUAUCGUGACGCGGUACACAAGGAUCAGUUUUUUGAGAGUCGAGGACUCUCAUGUCCACAGUGUCAGACUCGAUAGUUGAAAAAAACUUUUGCAAAUGCAUGGCGCCAGUUACAAUUACAUGGAUAUUUUAUAGGGAAUCGUGGCUAUUGCCGUCUACAUCGGCAGAUUUUUUUUCUACAGUAUACCACGUCUUAAUAUGUUCAGUAUGGUGGUCAAUAAAGCGACAAAUCGGAAGAAACAAACACCCCUCUCAUUACGAUUCGUUCUUCCCCAACUUUACUCAUAAGAGCGUAGUCUGUCCGAGAAACGAAGGGUGCAACGUGUUCACUCUUUUAGAACAUCGAUUUGUUAAGUCUGCAAAAUUUUCAACCCCUUUGCUGUAUGGACGAAAAUUCACAGUUGCGAUUAAACAAACUAGAGUACCAAAUGAUAAACGAGAAUGCGUACUCCUGCUGAGACCGAAACACUAUCUCAACCUGAGAUGUACAAAUUUGAAUCUCAGGAAAGCGAAGCACCAUCGGGUGGCAAUCAAGUGGUUUUGUCACCCUCCCGUCCAGAAACGCACAUAUUUACUAAUAGGUAAAAUAAAAAACAUAUUUAAUAACCGUGAUACUUUGUGUCUGUAA